GCAUGUCGGUUGAACGAACAGCAUACCCACUUCCGGUAUGUUCGACAUCAAUGAACGUCCGGGGGAUUUAGCUGAUCCGGAAGUGCGGCAGGUAAGUACCAACAGGACCUACAGAGGAGAGCGCUGGAAGCGCGAGCGGGCUGGAGCCCCCUUUGCACGUGACUGAAUUGUCUUGGCGCUCGUUCCCUUUCGAGUGCGAAGUCGAGGAGACGCAGUAACGGUGAAGGUGGCCUUUUCUCUUUGUUCAAUCCCGGACCGUUCUCUCUUGAACCCUGAGCAGGGAACGUGCACCUUAUUUCCCACGGUCAGCUCUGGCUUUGUGGGCGAGGAAAAAAAAAAGAAUAUUCCCAGUAUUGGUCUGCUUUUUCCGGUAGUGGCGAAGGAGCUGUUUGCAACCGGCUCUACGUCCCGGUGCAACCAAAGGUGUAGUGACAGAAAUGUCAGCACCAUCUAUGAAAGAAAGAAAGGCUUGCUGGAAUGCCCGGGAUAUCUAUUGGAAAUGCUUAGAUGAAAAUAUGGAAGAUACAUCAAAAUGUGACAAAUUGAGAUGUUCUUUUGAAAAUUUAUGUCCACAGCAGUGGGUUAAAUACUUUAACAAAAGAAGAGAUUUUUUACAAUAUAAAGCACAAAUGGAAUCAGGACAAUUUCUGCCUUCAGAGAAAACAGAGAAAUCAUAGCAACUAGACAGCUUUUACAAUACUGGACACAAGGGAAGUUGCAGAAGAGCAGCAUCGUUGAAGAACAUAAAUGUUGCCACCAGUGAUGUUCUAUAAAUUUUCAUGCCUGUCCUUAUUUAUAAAUCUCAUACUGGCCUGAAAGCUCCAGCUUCCGUUAUUUGAAAUGCUCAUUGGAGAGAAGAGGCACUUAGGAAAGCAUGUUUGUCUUUCACCACUAAAAGGCUAUACUAACAAUAAAGUCAAAAUAACUGAA